GCAGAGACUGAAUGCUACCACAGAUAGUCGUGCAGUGUGAACACAGCAGAGACUGAAUGCUACCACAGAUAGUCGUGCAGUGUGAACACAGCAGAGACUGAAUGCUACCACAGAUAGUCGUGCAGUGUGAACACAGCAGAGACUGAAUGCUACCACAGAUAGUCGUGCAGUGUGAACACAACCAUGAUCUGACCACUCUGAAAAUCCUGCAGUGUGAACUCGCCAUAAAUCUAGCUAAAAUGAGCUCCCUCAUCACAGUCAGCUUUAUUGUCAGAGCUGCUGAUAUAGAAAAUGAAGCAACAGCUUCUGACUAAUCUGUACAAGUUAACACAGACGUCUGUACUUCAGAAAUUUGCAAAAAAUGUGAAGUAGUAAUAUUGCACUAUAAUUUCUCUAGAAUGCAAAAAAUAUAAAACAAUACACUUCAAAAUCUAUAAUAAUAAUGUAUAAAUAAUGUUAGUUAAUGGAUAUUUGCAUAUUUAUUAUCACCCAUGCCAUCAACAUUUUAAAGAGAAUGUCAGAAACCAAAAAUAAAACAAAAUCCCAAUAAACAGGGUGGGAGUUUGUAUGUGUGUGACUGGGGUGAAGUAUGUCUCACAGUUGCAAAGAAACAACUUUGACUGCCAUUGGGGUGGGGGUGGGGCGUUUGUAUGCAAAUAUGUGAAAUGAACCAUUUUUAUUGCAUAUGUUGAUUAUUGUAUAUGUUGAUUUAAUUUUUUUUUUUCAAUUUUAACUUUAAAAUGGUAAAUUUUACCAGCAACAUAACACGAGGGCUACUGGAACCUUAUAGCAAAUUAAAAUUUUAAAUAAAAAUCAGACACUGAAAGAGUUAACUCUCAGUGCUGGUCCCAAUUCCAGAUAAAAUGGGAGGGUCAUCCGGUGUAAAACCUGUGCCAAGUCUAAUAUGUGGACCAAAUGAUCUGCUGUGGAAAGCCCAAACUGAGAGUAGCCAAAAGAACAAGAACACCACAAUAUCUGUUCCAGUCAUGCAAAAUAGGUAAUUCAUGUUUAAAACAUCUGCACAUCUGUAAGGACUGGAAAUACUGACAUCUCACUAUUAAAAUACACCUGCUGGUUCUUAAGCUGCCUUUUUAGUUCACUGGAAAGUUAUCUAGAAGAGACAGGAAUUGGUAUUCAUACUGAUAAGACUGAACAAAAAACGAGCUUUUACAACUCUUUAUUUGUCGGCCAAAUAGACCUAAGAUGUCAUGUUAAAACUUUGAUAAUGUAGGUCAUCUAUUUUGAAUCAUUCAAAUCUCACACAAAAUACUGAACAAAAGUGCUGCUGAUCUCCCUGUUGCUUACUGGUCUCUAUGUGGGCUUUUCUUAGGUCUGGAGGAAGUCCGCAAGCAGUUCUAAUAUCAAUUAAAGCAGCUAUAAUUAACCCAGAUUGGAGUAGCUUUAGUUGCCUGAGAUGUAUAAGAACUAGAAGCCAUUAUGAACACAGAUGCUUAUGUGUGGAAGUUUGUUGAAGGAUAAGAGGGAUGGUAAACUGCAGACAGAGAAGAAGGAUUGGUAGUUUGUAAGAAUGUGACCAAUUAAUAGCAUGGAUAAUGUGUAAACUAGUGUUCCUCUCUGGCUCGUUCUCCUGUUUGUGACUGAUAAACAACUUGCUGCUCAGCCUGUGUGGUAAAAUCCAAUUUUCUACCACUUUACAGGUUUGUUGAUGCCUUUGUCGCCACUGUGCACUGGACAAUGGGAGCCUGUACAUUUCGGCGAGAUUGUAUCCUCAAAAACAAAAACAUGUAACACAUAUCAGGGCUAUAUGUAUAUUUCUAUAAAUUACUUUACUGAUCAUUAGUACAUUAGUGUAGUACCAUAAAAAUGACAUUACAUUUAAUUUAUUGGUAGCUCAAUGGUUAAGGCAUUGGAUUAGUCAUCAGAAGUUUGAGCAUUCAAAUCUCAGGGCCACAAGCAGCUGCAGAUCAGCUUAACCCUCACUUAACCCUCCCUUCUUUGUAUAUACAUAAGAUAAUUAUAAGUUGCUCUGGAUGAAAGCAUCUGCAAAGUGCUGUAAAUGAAUUUUACAGUGAUGGUCGGCAAUUAGUCCAGAAAACCUCCCAAACUCUUUCAAAUAUCUUUGGUGUUUUGAAAAGGAUUUUCUCAGGAGUGCAGUAUGAAAUAAUAUUGUUGAUUCAAUGUCUUCUUCAUGGAGGCUAUGUAGAUUAGAUUUCCACUUCAUUAAUAUACAUUUCUUUCCCCAACAGUUCCAUCCAUGAGGGUGAAAUACCUUUUAUGAAGAGAAUAAUCUAACAGUAUAACCAAUACCCAAAUUAUAGGCUUAUUAUUUAUGCAAAUACCUAUAAUGUUUGAAGACACAUCAAUUAUAUAUUCACAGAAGUCAUUUAGCAUAGUUCAACAUGAGAAGCUUUUGAAAAGGGUAAGGUUGUUUCUAAUAGAUGUUUAGGAAAACUGACAGUCCAAAGAAUCAACUAAACAGAAAUUUCCUUUUGUCAUAGCGACCAUAACUUAUUUUAAUUAAAUUCAGCAGAAAAGAAGAGGGAAGUGUCUGGACGGUGUGUUAGAAUAAAAGUGUAAUGAGGAACUGUGAAGCAAUCAAGAUAGGGGAUGAGUAUGUAUUAGGGCUUUGAGAAUUUCUCUAAACAGUGAGUCUCCUGUUUCUAUUUUGUUGAUAGAUACAUGGAUUUGUACUUGUUUUUGAGAAACAGCAGUUACAUAAGUCCCUUUGUCUGUUUUGUUUUUUUUUUUUCCUGUCUGACAUCACUGAGUACUUAUUAAGAAAAACGAAACCGAAGUGAGACCACAAACACCGAUAAACACUGACUGACAUGGAGAUGAAAAAGUUUGCUCCAGUUGAAGUGCAAGAUGUUAAGGAUGCUGAAAAAAGCAAAAAGGAAGAAACAAAAGAAGAAGAAGAAGAAAAAGAAGGAACUAUUUUAUACCGCAAACUGAAGAAUCCACCAGAAGAAAUUUGUACUAUAGCUUCAUUGCCUGCUCCCACUCCAAAACAAACUGAAGAUGUUUACAGGAGAGUUCGUCUGUAUAAGAUGAUUUCCGCUGUUUUCAUCAUUCUCUCUUUGCUCUUGCUGGCUGUGGUUCUUGCUCUGGCUAUGAAGUUAAAUGUGAAGAGUCCAGAGAGCGCUGAAUCAAAGUUUAUCUGUGAACAAUGUCAGACCACGUGCCCCCCACCAAAGAUCAUCCCAGGGUGUCAGUGCUGUGAGUGUGAGGAAGAUUGGGAGAAGUUUGAGAACUCCUGCUACUUCUUUUCUGAGACACGUCUAAACUGGCAGGAGAGCAGGGAGGAGUGUCAGAAACAGGGCGGAGACCUGGUUGUUAUUAACAAUAAAGAAGUGCAGGAGUUUCUAAAUGAGUAUGGGAACGUGAGGUACUGGAUUGGGUUACAUUAUUCAGAAGAGCAGCGAUGGAUGUGGAUUAACAAUACUGCAUCAACCCAGAGCUACUGGUCCCAUGGCCCGCCAAAUCCAGGCUCUCAAAGCUCCUGUGCACUGCUAAAUGGAGGGGGAUCAGACCUGAACAACUGGAGUUCAGACAAAUGUACUGUGUAUUCACAGUACAUCUGCCAGAGAUGUUAAAAAUGGAGAAUGCCAACCAUAACGUCACAUAUAUCUGCUACAUUUGCCUUUUAUAUCAUCACAUCAUUACUGUUAUACUGUUAUAUUGACCUUUUACAAAUGCAGUUCAUAAAUAGCAAGAAUUUCAGAAUUAGUACAUGAAACAAUCCAGUUCUGUGAUGCACAAUCAAGUAGACAUGCUAUGUACAGUGCUCAAAAAAUAAAGGAACACUUUGAAAACACAUCAGAUCUCAAAGGGAAAAAAUAUCAUGCAGGAUAUAUAUACUGAUAUGGACUGGGUAAUGUGUUAGGAACGAAUAGAUGCCACAUCGCUUGAUGAAAUAAAAAUGAUCAACCUACAAAGGGCUGAAUUCAAAGACACCCCGAAAAGCAAAGUGAAAAAAUGAUGCAGCAGCCUAGUCCAUUUUGCUGAAAUUUCAUUGCAGCAACUCAAAAUGGUACUUAGUAGUUUGUAUGGCCCCCACAUGCUUGAAUGAAUGCCUGACAACGAUGGAUGUUGUCAUGGGGUAUUUCCUCCCAUAUCUGGACCAGGGCAUCACUGAGCUCUUGGACAGUGUCGGAUAGACCGAAACAUAAUGUCCCAGACAUGUUCUGUUGGAUUUAGGUCAGGCGAGUGUGGAGGCCAUUCAAUGGUAUCAGUUCCUUCAUCCUCCAGGAACUGCCUGCAUACUCUUGCCACAUGAGGCCAGGAGGAACCCAGGACCCACUGCACCAGCAUAGGGUCUGACAAUGGGACCAAGGUUUUCAUCCCUAUACCUAAUAGCAGUCAGGGUGCCAUUGUGUAGCCUGUAAAGGUCUGUGCGUCCCUCCAUGGAUAUGCCUCCCCAGACCACCUGACCCACCACCAAACUGGUCAUGCUAAACAAUGUUACAGGCAGCAUAACGUUCUCCACAGCUUUUCCAGACCCUUUUUUGUCUGUCACAUGUGCUCAGGGUGAACCUGCUCUCAUCUGUGAAAAGCACAGGGCGCCCGUGGCGGACCUGUCAAUUCUGGUGUUCAAUGGCAAAUGCCAAUCGAGCUCCAUGGUGCUGGGCAGUGAGGAAAAUAGGAAAUUGGGUCCUUGGACCACCCUCAUGAAGUCUGUGCCAAAAUGCAAAACUAGUGAAAAACAGUCAGUCAGUAGAGAAAAAAAUUCAGUAGCCUCCACCUGUAAAGCCAUUCCUGUUUGGGGGUCGUCUCAUUGUUGCCCAUCUGUGUUCACACACCUGUUGUUAAUUUGAUUUGAACACCAAGGCAGCUAAAACUGAUUAACAACCCCCUCUGCUAAUUAAGUGACCAGAUCAAUAUCCCAGGAGUUUAAUUGACUUGAUGCUAUACUCUGAUUAAAAAGUGUUUCUUUAAUUUUUUGGACUGGUGUAUAUUUUUCAUAAUUGAGAAAAUGAGACAUGAUAAAUGUACUUGUUGAAACCGACACUCUGCUGAUUUUAUUUGUAAAUAUUAAUCAUUUUAUUGUAUUGCUCCAAAUGCACUUUGCAAUAUUUACAUAAAUUAUUAAUCACAAUAAAACAUGUAUAAUGUAUUAUAACUUUUAAAAUGCAUUGUGAGAUGUCAUUGAGUUUAAGUAGUGAAUAAGUAGAGAUGCAUUUACAAUAGUUCAAUUCAAAAUACUACUACAUUCUCUUCAUAGUUUGUAAUGCACCCUUUCAUAUGCAGCCCACACAGUUUCAGUCAUGUGAUGUUGGACAUCAAUAAAAUAAUGAAAUAAUUAUGGUGCACAGAGUCAGUAUACUUCUACCAUACUUUUUUUUCCCCCAAACGGGAUUCAUCUCUUGAGCAUCCAACUGCUCUUUGCUCUUUAUCUCCAAACUGAGAGACUGUGGUAUAUAAUCUGCCAGUUUAUCAUAAUCUGCCAUGCAUCCUGCAUGCUUUUCAUGUCUGCAGGAUCUUGGGCCUUGGUCAUUUCUCUCACUUUCCUCUUUCUUGCCUGAGUCAUCAUAUUUUGAGAACCCUUCAACAUAAUAUCUGAUCUUCUGCAUAAUCUGGUCAUUCUACUCAUAUAAGUACAGUGUUAUUACCAAAAUGAUGUUUAAUAUCCUAACGUCAUGAUGUGCUUAAUAUGAUCAUUAUAAUAAUUUUAUUAGCAAUCAUGCUUGUGUUCAUACAUCAUGAUACUGUGAACUACAUUCAGUGUCUAAGCAGGCAUUUGGUUUAGGUUUGCUAGUCAUUUCUAGUUUUUUUUAGUACCCACCCUCCAAAGUUCCUCUCACUUCUGUGCAACCCUUCGUUGCAAGCCAUGCAUCAUGGUCAUAUGGUAGUUGAGGAAGAGGAUAUGGGACACCACACUUAAGCAGCACUUAAGCAACACUUAAGACCACAUGCACAUCAGACCCAGAGUCAGCUCAAAUAUUGUGAAGAGUGUGAUGGGGUAUGAGACAUAACUGGAACAGACAGCUUGUACUGAGUCAUGUAUUCAGUCCAAAGAGCUAGAUUGCAGAUGAGGAAAUUGCAGAUUUUCUUGUUAUGCUUUUGGCUUUCUUCAGCCGUCCAUAGAAAGUAGUAUGACUUGUUUUUAAAAAUAACACUUAAAACCC